CGCUUCCUCCCCGGCCCAUUGCGCCUGCGCGAGUCCGCGGAGUCCUUGGAGCGGCGGCAGCGGCGGCGGGCGCGGGCGCGGGUGCGGAGAUGCAGCGCUGGGGACGCGUUUCUUGUGCGCUGGCUCGGAGGAGCCAUUUUGACCGAAUUCAUCAUGGACUCCAGGGAGUUUGUGCAGUGUCACAAAGGACUUACGCUGAUCAAGUUGACGCUGAUGUCACCGUUAUUGGCUCUGGUCCUGGAGGUUAUGUUGCUGCUAUCAAAGCAGCUCAGCUUGGAUUUAAGACUGUCUGUGUGGAAAAAAAUGAAACAUUAGGUGGAACCUGUUUGAAUGUUGGAUGUAUUCCAUCCAAGGCCCUGCUGAACAACUCACAUCUCUAUCACUUGGCCCAUGGAAAAGAUUUUGCUAAUAGAGGAAUCGAACUUACAGGAAUUCGUUUAAAUCUAGAGAAGAUGAUGGAGCAGAAGAGAGGUGCAGUGAAGGCAUUGACAGGUGGAAUUGCUCAUUUAUUUAAACAAAACAAGGUUGUACAUGUAUCUGGGUUUGGAAAAAUAACUGGCAAAAACCAAGUCACUGCAACCAAAGAAGAUGGCAGCACACAAGUUAUAAAUACAAAGAACAUACUUAUAGCUACGGGCUCAGAAGUUGCUCCCUUCCCUGGAAUUACUAUUGAUGAAGAUAGUAUUGUGUCAUCCACUGGUGCACUGUCACUGAAAAAAGUUCCUGAGAAGAUGGUUGUCAUUGGUGCAGGAGUCAUUGGUGUGGAACUGGGCUCAGUUUGGCAGCGCCUCGGUGCAGAUGUGACAGCUGUUGAGUUCAUGGGCCAUGUUGGUGGAAUGGGAAUUGACAUGGAGAUCUCUAAAAACUUCCAACGUAUUCUUCAGAAACAGGGAUUUAAGUUUAAACUGAACACCAAAGUUACUGGUGCUACCAAAAAACCAGAUGGAAAAAUUGAUGUAGCUCUUGAAGCUGCUGCUGGUGGCAAGGCAGAAGUAAUAACUUGUGAUGUGCUCCUGGUUUGCAUCGGCAGACGCCCUUUCACAAAAAAUCUGGGUCUUGAGGAGAUGGGAAUUGAACUUGAUAAGAAGGGGAGAAUCCCAGUCAAUAACAGGUUCCAAACCAAAAUUCCAAACAUCUAUGCUAUUGGUGAUGUAGUUGCUGGACCUAUGCUGGCCCACAAAGCUGAGGAUGAAGGCAUUCUCUGUGUGGAAGGGAUGGCUGGGGGAGCUGUGCACAUCGACUACAACUGUGUACCCUCUGUGAUUUACACUCACCCUGAAGUGGCCUGGGUUGGCAAAUCAGAAGAACAGUUGAAAGAGGAGGGUGUAGAAUACAAAAUUGGGAAAUUUCCAUUUGCGGCAAACAGCAGAGCAAAGACAAAUGCUGACACAGAUGGCAUGGUGAAGAUCCUUAGUCAAAAAUCAACAGACAGGAUGUUGGGUGCUCACAUUUUAGGCCCUGGUGCUGGUGAAAUGGUUAAUGAAGCUGCCCUUGCUAUGGAAUAUGGAGCCUCAUGUGAAGAUGUAGCCAGAGUCUGCCAUGCCCAUCCAACAGUGUCAGAAGCCUUCAGGGAAGCAAACCUAGCAGCAUCUUUUGGCAAAGCUAUCAACUUCUAAAGUACAAGAGCAGAUCUUCUACAUGUAUGGUACAUCUCUGAAAAUGGACUGUGGGCCCUUAAGGAAGGCAGAGGCUGAUGAUUUUAGGACUGAAUUAAUUGAAUCUCUUCAAUGUAAACAUCAAGUAUUUAAAUAAGUAGGGUUUGAAACAAGUGGAAUUAUCCAGUCUCUGUAAAUUAAAUACUUAAAAUAUCAUUUAUUUACAUGGUGAAUGUUGCAGAAAAACAGCCUGACAGGACUUCUCUUGAAAACCAAACAUCUUGCUACAGCAUGGGAUUAUCAGGUGUGCUGGUCAAAACUCUGUGUAAGUGUCCAGCAUACCUGGUGUUUUCGUAUUUGAAGUAGUGAUAGACUAAACCCGUUGAAUGCUGGCACUUGUAAUGCUGCUGGCACUUCAAAUGCCACUGUCACUUCCGCACAAAAUGUGUUUCCUUCUGGAAGGAUUAACUUGAUAUUUAACCUGUUUCUUACAUACAAGUACCAAAAUUUGUUUUGACCUAGUAGUGUUAGGAUUUGGGGAGAGGAGGGGCUCAGAUAUUUCAAUUAAAGCUCUAUUGACUUUUAAAAGAGAAAAUUACUUUGUGUUGUGUGUGAUUCUCCACACAUGAUGUUUUCACAUUGAAAACUUGUCAAGGCAAAAAUCAAGUGCUUAUGAAGAAAUGAAAGAUUGAAGAAAAGUUAAUCUUAAUGCUACUUAAUCUUUUCAUGUUUUGAAGCUUUCAUUGUCCAACUAUCUUAAACUUGAAACUCUAAAACUUGAGUAGUGAAGCAGGGCUUGCUGUUAAGUGCUAUGGCAUGAGGGUUAUUCUGCACCUCCAUACACCAGGGCUGCAGUGUCAGCUCUCCACAGUUAAGACAUACUUACUCUGUUUUCUAUUUAGCGCUCUCUUUGUGUCCAUUCUGUAACAAGAGAGCUUAAUAAAUAUUUAACAUGACU